AUGGCCGAGGAACGUCGACGCCCGGCACUUGGUCGGGUGGCUACACUGGGCGAUCUAUACGAUGCCCGUCGGGAUGACUUCCUUCCCUUGAACUUGAUCUGCGGCGAAGUUCCGCCCAGCGCUGUUGAUUCUCACCCAAACCCCUCUCGAGAGACUCACUUCAGCGAGACCGAUACCUACACAGAGCGUUUCAACCAUAUGAAGGUCGAUCCUGAGCUUGCAGCUAGCAUGCUGGCCAACAUGGUCAAAGCAACGGGCGCUGGUGCCUACCUCACCACCAAGGGAUACCAAGGAAUGUCUGCCAUGACGACCCUUUACCACACUGUCACUAUCUGUGAGACGAGACUCCUCUUGAACAGUCCAGACCUCGCCGCCGUGUUGGAUACGGAUAAGCUUCAGAAUGACACUGCCACCCACGUUUUGGUGGGAAUCACCUGGGGAGCUCAAACUAUCCUCGCGUCUUUCCUCGAUGGAAACGAGAUCAACGGGGCGCCGGAUACUCAGCAAGGAGAUGUUCAGCCCGUGGCUCCCGCGAACACGACGUUCACCAUUUACUCGGACUUCCUUCCAGAUCACGAUGGAGUCACUCUGGCAUCCCGCGCUUCCGCCUGCGACAUCCUCCAAGCGAACAUGGACAGAUUUACUACCUCCAGUCAAGGCAAAGGCAGACCGAUCAUGCUCAAUCUGCUUCCUAUCCCUCUUCUGAGAUACAUGAUGCCGGGGAAUAUUCCCCAGAGAACCGUGCCCAAGGUUGGAAACCCAGCGACUCUUAGCGACUGUAUUCGACUCUUCGAUGACUGGGCUACGACCAUUCGAACACUGGAGGACACCUGUGAGGGCCUGCAUUUAUCGACAUCAGGGAAUCACAACACGGCGGCGAAGCAAAAACUGGGAUUCGCACUUGCGACGCAGAACGAGUUUCACAAGCGCUUCGUAAAGGCCCUGUCCGAGUGUCGGUCUGGGGUCGCUUCGGCCGAAGCAUUCUCCGCCCUACUGCCGGAAUUUGCCUGUGAUAAGGCCAUCUUCGAAACUCUCUUCGUCGAAUUGGGCGGCUUCCUCGUCAAGAAAGAAGUAGCUGACGAUGCUGUACGGCACGAAGAAGAGGUUUUCGUUUUCUUGUAUGACGAAACAUCAGGACACAACGCAGACGCAUGGGAUAAGAAUGCCGGCUUUGUGGUCGACUUGCUAUCACCCCACCAGCCUCAAGCAGUCGUUAUGGCCUGUGACUGCACCGGCGAGAUACCAGCUCUUCACACGCCCCGGGUUUCUCAUUACUGGAGAGGCAAACUUGUUACAGCCGACGUUCUAAGCAAUCAGGACGAGUUGGAAGACAAGUGCUUGGCCCAGUACGAUCCGGACCAGCUGGAUUCGACCGAGGCACCGCCUCCACGGGACCGACGGCCUGUGCAGAUCAAGUGUCCCGGCAGAAGGUGCAAGAACUCCGAUCCGCAGGACUGGUGGUGCUCCACCUGCGACCAGCGACUCGAAUAUGCCGACAGCUUCAUCUACUGCAGUUGUGGACGUGUCCCUCCUCGGGCAUUCAAGUUCAAGUGCACCUCGGAAGAGCAUGGGCGUAACUUUCUCAAAUACCCACCCAGCAUGCUUGACAGGCACCUGAGAAACCUCCAGGAGUACAAGGAGCUCAACAUACUCAUUCUAGGAGAAACGGGCGUGGGCAAGUCGACCUUUAUCAACGCAUUCAUCAACUAUCUCCUCUUCGAUUCUCUAGAUGAGGCGAUUGCCGACGAGGAGUUUUCGUAUCUCAUCCCUUGCUCGUUUUCGAUGCAGUGCGUUGAUCCCGAUGAUGAGGACGCAGGCUUUAUCCAAAAAGAUAUCAAGGUCGGCGGGGACGAGGACCACAACGAGAAAGACGGAUCGGACGGCCAAUCUGCCACCCAGGGAUCCAAGGUGUACCGGACAGCCAUUGGCAACCAGGUCUUGAGGCUCAUUGACACGCCUGGCAUCGGUGACACGAGAGGAGUGGAACAGGAUCAGAAGAAUAUGGAGAACAUCCUAGCCACGGUCGGCCACCACGAUAAUAUCCACUGCAUUCUCGUCCUGCUCAAGCCGAACAUGUCUCGUCUGACCCUGAUGUUCCGGUUCUGCGUGAAUGAGCUUCUGACGCACCUCCAUAAGGAUGCGGCCAGAAACCUCGUUUUCGGGUUCACCAACACGCGCCAGACGAACUACAUGCCCGGCGACUCGUAUAAGCCCCUCCAGACCUUGAUCAGGAGCCACAAGUCCAUCGACAUUAAGCUGGGCCGCGAGGCUGUCUUUUGUUUCGACUCGGAGAGCUUUCGGUGCCUCGCAGCCCUACGGGAAGCCGGCAUAGAAAUGGACAACAUUGACGACUUCCGAAGCAGCUGGGAUCGAUCUGUUCAGGAGGCGCGCAGGCUCAUCGCUCGCUUCGAUUCACUGAAGCCCCAUGCGACCCGGAACACUCUGAGCAUCAACUCUGUCCGGCAGAUCGUUAUUGGUCUCACGAAACCAAUGGCCGAUAUCUCCAGCAGCAUUGAGUCCACUAUCCGACUAGCCAAGGACCAGCUGGAGGAUUUGCAGGACGUGCAAUGCCGCGGCGAGACGCUGCGGUCCAAACUGCACUUCAAGAAGGUUGACAUUCAGGUGACCCAACUCGACCUCCCUCGAACCGUGUGCCGCAAUACGGACUGCGUGGAAUACAGAAACAUCGGGAAUGGCGAGCUCCGACCCGUGUAUCGCUCACUCUGCCACAACCCGUGCUACCUGAGUGGAGUCGCGCUGGAGGUCGUCGGUGACUCCAGGUUGGCCAACUGCGCGGCGAUUGAUCGACUCACACAGAUGUGCCGUCGUUGCAGUCAUCACUGGCAAGAGCAUCUGCACUUUCUAUGGGAACAGCAGGAGGUGAUUGUAGAGCAAAAGGACGCGAGCGUGGAGGCGCAGCUGCAGGCCAAUGUGUCCGACGUGGAGCUGAAGCGGCACGCCAUCGAGACCAUCAACCAGAAAAUCGAGGAGACAAAGCAAGAGCGCCAGACCCUCCAGGACGCCUCCAUUCGGCUCGGAUUGUUCCUCAAGGCCAACAGCAUCGCUCCGUACAACGACGACAUGCUCGCCUACCUGGACGAGCUCAUCAAGGAGCAACGGCAGACCGUGGCGAAAGCCAAAUCCGACCAUCUCCCCGGGGCCUCCCAAUCGGAAGCGAGACUCGAUUCUCUUGCCCGCAUGAGAGCGGAAUACGAGCAGAGGAUCCGCGUCCUGGAGCAGGGCAUGACGAGCGACGGGACCACGACCGUUCCCGACGAGACGGACAUUCCGGAUCUCCUGGACCAGCUGUAUUCGCUGGAAGGAUGGGGCGACACGCUCCGGCAGAUCAACACCGUCGCCACGGCCGCCGGCGCUACGGCCUACCAGGAGACGAACUGG